ACAAGGCAAAGGGUCAGAGCCCUUACCCUCCCCUCUGUGUACUUGGGGAGUGAAGCUGAGCACACCCGCUGCCGCCUUCCAGCCUCCAGGUAGCUGCCCUGCCACCCGAGCAUAGGCUGCCAGCCAGGCACAACCUGUGCGUGUUUACAUGUCUACCGAUAAACACGCAUCCUGGAGCAGGUUUCUGAAGUUGGGAAGCGGCGUCCUCCCCGCUUGCAGCAGGGCACGAGAGCGGAAGGGCAGGAAGGCGCACCUGCCCAUGGCAGAGGCCUCGCCACGGGCCCGGGAGGGGAGAGAGGGAGCGAGGGGAGGGGACUGCCGCGGGCGGCGGCGCCCGGCUCUGGGACAGGUGCCACGGGAAGAGGAGGGCCUGUGGGCGCGGCGGGGUGGCCCGUCGCGACGGCCCCGGGCGGGAGGAGGAGACCGCGCCAUGGCCCGGUGCGGGCGCUGCGGGCGGGCGCCGCCGCUGGCCUGGCUACUGCUGGCCUGCCUGCCGGCCGGUUGCCUCUCCCUGCUGGUGACAGUGCAGGACACUGAACGUUACACCACCUUAUUUGCCAGUAUUACCCUCAAGUGUGACUACAGCACUUCAGCCCAGCUGCAGGAUGUAGUGGUGACCUGGCGCUUCAAAUCCUUCUGCAAGGACCCCAUCUUUGAUUACUACUCAGUCUCGUAUCAAGCCAGUUUAGCACUUGGCCAGGACCCGUCUGAUGACUGCAAUGACGUCCAACGAAAGGUGCGCAUUGUCAUCCAGAAAUAUGGGCAGAAUGAGCCUGUGCUGGGUGUUGACUACCGGCAACGAAAGAUCACCAUCCAGAACCGGGCAGACCUUGUAAUCAGUGAAGUCAUGUGGUGGGACCAUGGCGUAUACUACUGCACUGUGGAAGCACCAGGAGAUACCUCAGGAGAUCCAGACAAAGAAGUUAAGCUAAUUGUUUUACACUGGCUCACAGUACUCCUCAUCAUCCUCGGUGGCCUCCUCCUCCUCCUACUGAUUGGAAUAUGUUGGUGCCAGUGCUGCCCCCAGCAUUGCUGCUGCCACAUCCGAUGUGUCUGCUGCCCAACCCGGUGCUGCUGUAAUGAGAAAGUACUGGAACGGCAUCGAUUCAUGAAGCGGGCUCAGGCAUUUGCACCGUGGAUGUUACCUAACAUGUUCUAUGGAGGUGCUGAUAGGAACUCACAACUUUCCUCUUAUCAGCUGAACCCUCUACUGCAACAAGAUGUGUCUCUGCAGAACAGUCUUCCACUGGUGCAGCCACAAGCUCGACUUUCCCCUAACAAGGGUGUUUUGGACUAUCUGGAAUCUGAAAUCCAAAACUUUAACCCGUCACAGCCCCGGCCACCCUCCAACCAGCGGCAGGCAGUGCAGCCCAGCUUACUGUCCUCCCUGGGCAGCGACAUCAUGCAGCGUGGCACAAAUGGUCUUCCUCCUCUCACUGGUCACGUUUCUUCCUCCCAUGGGAGCAGCAACUCCUCACGUCCACAGAGAACUACCCGCAGCCCCAGAACUUGGGACUCCAUAGCAGAGAACAGGAGGGAAGAUCGGAGGUGGCCCUUGCCUUCCAGUGAAGAUUCUCGAUCCAGCUACAGUCGGGAACCCUGGGACAGGCAGCGAGAGGACCAUCCUCCAAGGCAGAGGAUAGGCGGCUAUGAUCACAGGCCCCAACAUUCCAGGCGGGAUGUGUCACCCACCCGCCAGACUGAGAGGGGAAAAAGCAGCAGCAGCAGCUGCAGUUUCUAUUCAGAAGAGGCCAAGGAGCACUCCAGCCACCAUCGUGGCCGGAGACAGCAGCCUACAGUGAGGCGAGAGUACCAGCAGCACACCAGGAACAGCAAUAACUCAAGGCACCGGCGGCACAGCUACUCUCCCCCAUCUCGACGGGGAUCAUGGAGCUCCUCAGAAGAGCAAAUCCGUCUCCCAGCGACAAACCGCAGGCGGCACAAGCGGUCUCGGGAAUGGCCAGAAGAUAAACCUCCCAGUUAUCGCUCACUAGAAAUCAUCCCAGAUCGGGACAGCAAGCACAAAGAGGGUGCAGGGCCACGCUCGGACAGAGGAAGUUCCUAUAGUGCAAGAAGCAUUGUCAUUUAAUGCCAGUACUGAAAGAACAAAGAUUCACACUGGACUCUUUCAAGCUUUUUUUUACUAUAUAGUUGGGUUGACUACUUUUGAUUGAACCAGCAAAAGAAAAACAAACAGAAGAUGAAACUGCUUUUGAAGAAGAUAUGUCUAGUGAACGUGAAAGCAAUAUAUAACCCAUAUUUGUUCCUACUUUGAUUUGGAAACUUAGGUUUGUGAUGGGCUGAAAACAUGCUAUUGGAUACAGCAAAUUUUUUUAAUAAACUGUAUUCCCAGAGAUAUCAGUUGCUUUUGUUAGGUACUCUGACACUACAAGGAGGGCAGUAUAUAGAAUGCUGAUCCUUUGCACACCAGUUACUGGAGAAGGGCUCAGAUAAUCACAGAGAUGUAAAGUCACAGGACAAUAGAGUAAUUUACAUUGAAAGACACCUCUGGAGCUCAUCUGACCCAGUCACCUCAGAAGUUGGUGUAGAGAGGUGUAGCAUUUCCUUUCUGAGGCCCUCUAUUGUAUUUCAGAAUUAUUUGAUGCUUGCUGCUUCUGCCUGACUAUUCAGUGUAAAGUGAGCAGUUCCUCUCCUUUGUCCCUGAUCCCAAACAGCAUAAUUCCAGUGUUAGAAGAAUUUAGAAGCCUUACUAAGGGCUCACUGCAAUCUGCAAAUAGCCAGCUUCUCUGCCCUAUACUGACUGAAAACCCUGCUUUGCAUUAAGCUUAGACUUGGUACCUAAAAAGAUGUUCGUUCUAGUCUUUAACACAGACUUGAAUUUAUUUGUAAAUGUAAUGAGCUAGAUUUACCAAAGCUUGGUCAUCCCCACAGGAACUGAGCAUAUUAUGACUACUAUCUCUCGUACUGUAGACCAGAACUUCCUUCAACUCUAGGAAGCAUAAUUUUGAUGGAUGUAUGUUUCCUGGGCCAUAUAUUCAUUUUAUGUUCUCCCUUUGCCCUCUCUAACAUGUAUUAUAUACAUGGGGUGGGAUAAAGGGCUCUGAAAAGGCCUAACAAUUUUUACUAUUGUUCUCUUGAACUUUACCCUGACACAAAUCAAUUCUGAAUACGUGGUGUAUCUGAUCUUAUCUAGAUGGCAGGGUUUUCUCAUCCCUUCCCUUGCAACUUGAAUGCAGAAUUCCUUAAGACUACCUGCAAAGGAGAAAAGCUUGCCAUUUUUCCUUGAGGUGAUUCAUCCAUCCACUGUGAUCAUUUAAAAUAUACUGGAAAACUUGAUGUUCUCUGGGUGCUACAGUUACAUGCUUGGUGCAUGCAUGGGAAACAGGCUUGCCAAAGACAUGCUUGGAUUCAAGAAACUCAUUUGUUGACAUGGAGCUUUAGGAGCAUCUUGUGAAUUAUUUUAUAACUCUGAGACACUAGAGUUUGGCCAGUGUCAGUUACUGUACUGUCCAGCUUAUUUCCCAGCCAGUGCCAUAGCUCAAUUCCCAAGGUAGGAACUCUCUCAGACAGCAAGAAAACUGCAUGUAACAGCAGCAGCAGUUGUAGCAUGAGCAUGUCAUCCAGAGGGACCUGGAUAAACUGGAAAGAUGGGCCGUUGUGAACCUAGUGAAGUUCAACAAAGCAAAGAGCAAGAUUUUGCGCUUCAGUUGAGAUAAUCCCAGAUAUAGAUACAAACUGGGAGAAGAAAUCCUUGAGAGCAGUUCUGCUGAGAAGGACUUACGGGUGCUGGUUGAUGGAAAACAUAACAUCAGCAGUGUGUGCUUGCAGCCCAGAAAGGCAAUGGUAUCCUGGGCUGGCGAUUGUCCUCUUCAACUCUACACUCAUGAGGCCCCAGCUUGUGUACUGCAUCCAAGUCUGGGGCCCUCAGCACAGGAAAGAUGAGGAGCUUUUGGAGGGGGUCCAGUGGAGAGCCAUGAAGAUGAUCUCCUAUGAAGAUAGGCUGAAGGAACUGGGCUUGUUCAGCCUGGAAAGGAGAAG